AUGUCUGAGGCAAGAGAUUAUGAAUUUGCUGAUUUAUUAGUAGAUGCAGAAACUCCUCUCUUCCCUGGUUGUACAACUUACACAAAGUUGUCAGCAAUCGUUACAUUAUACAAUUUCAAGUCUACAAAUGGUCACACUGACAAUAGUUUCAAUGAGCUCCUUAAGAUCUUAGGUGACAUGCUUCCAGAAAAAAACACACUUCCAAAGGAUGUUUACUCAAUGAGAAAGUUGUUAAAACCAUUUGAUUUAGGAUAUGAGAAGAUUCAUGCAUGCCCAAAUGACUGUUGUCUAUUUAGAAAGGAGCUUAAAGAUUUGGACUCAUGUCCAAAGUGUGGUUCUUCAAGAUGGAAGGUAGACAAAGUCACCACCAUAGUUUGUAAAGGAGUUCCUGAAAAGGUGCUACGGUAUUUUCCUGUGUUACCAAGAUUGAAAAGGAUGUUUAAAUCAGAACAAAAGGCUGAAGACUUGAUUUGGCAUUCCAACCAUAAAAGUCAUGAUCAUAUGAUGCGUCAUCCAGUUGAUUCAAUAGCUUGGGAUACGAUAAAUCAUAAGUGGCCAGCUUUUGCAUCAGAUCCUAGAAAUCUCCGGCUUGGUCUUGCAACAGAUGGAUUCAACCCUUUUGGUGAUCUUAGUUCUAGAUAUAGUUGUUGGCCAGUUAUUUUAGUAAAUUACAACCUUCCUCCGUUGAUGUGCAUGGCGAAGGAAAAUCUUAUGUUGACAUUAUUGAUUCCAGGCCCGAAGCAACCAGGAAAUGAUAUAGAUGUAUACUUGGAACCCCUAGUGGAGGAUUUGAAGGAGUUAUGGGACAUUGGUGUGGAGACGUAUGAUGCAUUUAGCAAGUCAGUGUUCAAUAUGAAAGCUAUUUUGAUGUGGACAAUCAAUGAUUUUCCAGCUUAUGGAAACUUAGCUGGAUGUGCCACAAAAGGGAAACUUGGUUGUCCAAUAUGUGGUGAAGGCAUAUCUUCUAUGUGGCUUAAGUAUAGUAGAAAGUUUGCAUAUUUAGGGCAUAGGAGAUUUCUUGCUCCUAAUCAUCCAUUCCGUCAGAAGAAGAAGUGGUUUGAUGGGAAUAAAGAGACAAAAGGAAAACCUAGGCCUCUGAAUGGAUUAGAAAUUCUUAAUGUAUUGAAAGACAAUGAAAAUGACUGGGGUAAAAAGAAAAUGGGUAAGAUAUCAAUAAUACGAAGAAAAAGAGGAUGGAGCGUGAUGGGGCUCCAGCUACGUCAUAACUUAGAUGUUAUGCAUGUUGAAAAGAAUGUUUGCGAGAAUGUCAUAGGUACAAUGUUAAACUUAAAGAAAAAAUCAAAAGAUGGUGUUAACGCUCGCAAAGAUUUGAGGUUGAAGAAAAUAAAGUUACCUGAUGGUUAUAGCUCAAAUAUUGGUAACUGUGUUUCUUUAGAAGAACGAAAGCUUAUUGGGUUGAAAUCUCAUGAUUGUCAUGUUCUUAUGCAACAAUUGCUUUCAGUAGCAUUGAGAAGUCUUUUACCAAAAGGUCCACGUAAUGCUAUAUUUUUGCUUUGUGCAUUUUACAAUGAGUUAUAUCAAAGAGUGUUAGAUAGGAACCGUCUAGAACAACUCGAAGAGAAUAUUGCUGAAACUUUAUGCAUGUUGGAGAGGUACUUUCCACCAGCUUUCUUUACCAUCUCUGUUCAUUUGACAAUUCAUUUAGCAAGAGAGGCUCGCCUAUGUGGGCCAGUUCAAUUCCGCUGGAUGUAUCCAUUUGAAAGAUUUAUGAAAAUGCUGAAAGGCUAUGUGAAGAACCGAGCAAGGCCAGAGGGUUGCAUAGCUGAGUGUUACCUUGCAGAAGAACGAAUGCGAUUUUGUAGUGCUUAUAUAAAAAAAGCUGCUUGUAUUGGUCUCCGAUCUAAUCGGAAUGACGAUUUGGAAAAUGGAGUAGUGGAAGGUCGCCCCAUUUCUCAAGGAAAAGAAAUUAUUUUAGAAGAACAUUUGUUACAAGCAGCACAUCGAUAUGUGUUGUUCAAUACUGCAGAAAUUGAUCCUUACAUACAGAUGCACAUUGAGGAGCUUAAACAAACAGAUCGUCGUUUCUUAAGUAAUGAAACACUGUUACAAAAACGACAUAUGGAAACAUUUGCUCAAUGGUUAUCAAAACAUGUUCUUGAUAACUCUUCAGAUCGGAUUCAAUGGCUAGCACAUGGUCCAAGAAAGCAUGUUAUAUCAUAUACAGGUUAUAUUAUAAAUGGACAUCGGUUCCACACAAUUGAUGUUGGAAGGUCGACACAAGAUAGUGGUGUUUCAGUUGAAGCUGAUACUAUUUGGCAAUCUAGUUCUACUAAUUCACAUACAGUAGGAAGACAAUCGUACUAUGGGGUUAUACGAGAUAUUGUGUUACUAGACUAUUAUUUUUUCAAAGUACCUGUUUUUAGGUGUGAUUGGGCUAAUCCUGGAACUGGUAUCAAAAUGGAUGAUGGUUUUACACUUGUCAACUUACACCAAGGACUAAGGACUUUUGAAAAUGAUUCUUUCAUUUUAGCAUCACAAGCAAAGCAAGUUUUCUAUUCUAGGGAAAAUGAUGAAUCAAAUUGGUAUGUGUUGCUAAAAGCGCCACCUCGAGGUAUUCAUAACAUGGAUUUGCUUGAAGAGGAUGCAGUCUAG